AUGAGGACCUGGUGUCUGUGUCAGAUUUGUACGUGCGGGUCGGAUUCUCGUCCUUAUGAAAUAGUCAAACAGCCUCGCCAUGCACCAGAAGAAUAUAAACCAAAGCAGGGGGAGAUUGAUCUUGGUACUGCCUACAAAUGGCAUCUUAAUUCUUGUAGAGUGCAGCGUGUGGCAAUAGCUCGGCCUUUGGAGAGACAAGUUAAAAAAGGGAAGUUGGGUACUGUCCCAGCCUAUAAAGAUGAUUAUAGAGCUUGGGACAUUCAGAAAAGUGAACUUUAUAAACAAGAACAAACUUACUAUCUCCCUACUGUGAAAUUUGGAAAAACUACAUUUCAGGAUGACUGUGUUCCUUGUGAGAUAAAGCCUAGGCAAAGCUUUAAACCCAGCCCUGCAGUCAAACGUUCUACAGUCCCCUUUAAUGGUGAUACAAGUCAUCGCCUUGAUUACGUACCUCAUCAGCUAGAAUUCAAGUUUGCGAGGCCAAAAGAAGUUUACAAGCCAACCAACCAACAACCUUUUGAGGAUCUCACAGCUCACCGAUAUGACUUCCAGGGGCUUGUUGGUGAAAAUGCAAACAUCUGCAGACCUCCAUACACCAGAGUGUCCCAAAAUGCUCAAUUUGAAAGAAGCACUGAAUUCUGUGACAGUUUUCAACCAUGGGAAAUCCCACCACCCGAAGUCAAGAAAGUACAAGAGUGCCCUCCCGCUGGUAUCGUGCAAUUACACAACACAAGCCACAUCGAUUAUGUUCCAUAUGAGGCCAGACGUGUUGUUCCUCCCAUCAGGCCAGUUUCUCGUAGAAAAAAUAACAGUUUUCCUUCCCAAGGAAAAAGCACCACGAAGGAAGAUUUUCCAGCACGGGAAAGUUGUUGUUAAAGACUUAUUAAGCAGGAGCAGCAGAUCCCCAACCCAUCUGGAAAAUUUGACGGUUUGAGCACUUUCAGAUCUCACUACGUGCCACGUGAAUUGAUUCCAGCAGAGAGUUGCAAACCUGUAAAUGUUCCCUUUAAGAGUUCUAUUCCAUUUGAUGACGUAACCGUGUACUCUCCCGAGUGUGCACCAAAGAAACAGGAAAUCUGCCCUGCCAGUUAUCCUUCUCCUCCAGGUUAUAUCUUUGAACAUACAAAUUCCCGAGGUCAUAAACUCUUCCACACGAUCGCUCCCACAGUGAAGGCCUUCUAA